GAAAGGUUUCAACAAUUCUUGCAGCAGUUUCCAGUUGAUAAGCCAAGCAAAAACAGAGACUACUCUGUUUCCCCUGUUUGGCUCUGUAUAUUUUCUUUUCCUUUUGUUUCCUUAUGCUCCCUGGAAGCAUAAUACCUUCCAUUUUUGCUACAAUCAUGGUUGUUUCUAACUUUUCUCAAUUCAGAGAAAUGGCUCCAACCAAGGCUUUUCUUGUUUACGAAUCCUCUUUCGAGUGAGAAUCUGAAAUUCUCAAUUCUGCUUCACCUCACAAUUGCAUUCAAUUCUCCAUUCCCAUAUGCAAAUGGAUUCUUUCAGCAUCAGCAACAUCAAACUCGAGAAGGCUAACGCGAUGAAGAAACAUCGCCAGCUUCAGAAGAUCGCAAACUUUUUUAGGUUCUUGGAAAUAUUUAUUGUUCUGGCGUUGAUUUCCAGGUUUUCUGUUCAGCUCCCAGUUGCUGUCAAGAACUCUAGUGAAUAUUUCAAGGACUUAACGGUCAUCCUCGUAAGUCCCCGCUUCGUUUUUAUCAUCGGAAACGCCAUAGUCAUCACUCUCUUCGCAAAGUCAGGUCAGUUUUCUGGUCAGGAUCCAUCUGGGAAGAAUUCAAGAACCGAUCUUUAUGAUGAAUUCGUUGAAAAGAGUGAAAGGAUUCAGAGCUUGCACGGAUAUGAAGCUGGAAACUCAGACAGACAAAGCUCCUCUGUUGAGUACAUAGUCACUGAAGAAACUUCUCCAUCAGCAGAAAUCAAGAAUUAUCAGAGAAGUGAAUCAGAGAAAUUAGACCGAGGUACUCGUAACAAGCUCUGCCGAGAACUGAGGCGGUCGGCGACAGAGAAAUGCCGGGAAAGUGUAGGUUCCGGCGAGGGAUGGAUGAAAAUUUCGUAUCCUGAAGAUAGAAUGAGCAACGAGGAGUUCAGGUGCACAGUGGAAGCUUUCAUAGCUAGGCAAAAGAGGUUCAGAAGAGAUGAGGAAAAUUCUGUAUAUAGAAUAAAUGGGAUAUAAACACAAGAAAAAUAAAAAGUCUUGUCCAAAAUUCUACAGUUGUAGUGAUAAUGGAGUGUCUGUACAUUGCUAAAUCAUUAAUCCAAUGUAAAUUUACCAAUCAA